UCGCUACUGAGGAGAGAGAGUGAGAGCGCAGGCGGAUCGCACAGCUCACACAGUAGCAUCAAUGCAUGCACACGUCUUCCUGUAGGCAGCCCAACCUGCGCCACACGAAUGUCAAAUUGACAAGUGAUGCUUGCAUCGAUCAGUGUGAUUUUUGACUAAGUCAAAGCGGGUCCUGUUUCUCAAUCUAAGAAGAAUCUCAUCCAAUAGUAGUGUUUACUAAAUUCGUUUUUUUUUGGCUAAUGGAAAAAUGGCGAUGUCUACUCAGUCCUGCAGCACCUUCUGCUUGGUGUUAGUGCAGACUGUCUUCAUUAUUAGUGUCACCUCACCGGGGACGGACAGCCUCAGUUUUCCUCAGCAAUAUACAAUGAUGUACUGGGCCAGACGAAUUGAGCAGGAAUUGGACAGAGUGCUUCAGCAUGCCAGCUCCCAGCAGCUGAGAGGGAUUUACAACGAGAAGAGGCGUCAGUUCGGCCUGGUGAAGAACGUGCCCAGCGACGUGGUGCAGAAGGUCUCCUCAGACAUUGAGAGGCUCUUGGGAAAGAAGCGCAAGGCGCUUGAGAAACUGACCAGAGAAGCUGAGCGGUUACAGAAGGAGCACACCUGGAAAGACAGCCUUAAGGAAUGGGAUAUGGAAUACUACGACUCCAAAGCUGACAUGGAUUAUUAUGCUCUCCAGGACAGCGAUGGGGAGGGAAAUUCGGCGCAUUCAUCCUCCCUGAAGCUGGAGUUUGUUUAUGACCCCAGCUUCAAAAAUAACGUCAACUACUCCUACACUGCUGUGCAGAUCCCAACUGACAUCUACAAGGGCUCUCCAGUGAUUUUGAAUGAGCUGAACUGGACCCAAGCACUGGAAAAGACCUUUAUUGAAAACAGCCGCGAUGACCCGUCGCUGCUGUGGCAGGUGUUUGGAAGUGCCACGGGUGUCACCAGAUAUUACCCAGCCACCCCAUGGAGAGCCCCAGACAAGAUAGACCUGUACGAUGUGCGGAGGCGUUCAUGGUACAUCCAGGGAGCAUCCUCACCGAAAGACAUGGUUAUUCUGGUGGAUGUGAGUGGCAGCGUAAGUGGCCUGACUCUUAAGCUCAUCAAGGCCUCUGUAAUAGAGAUGCUAGACACGCUAUCAGACGACGACUACGUCAAUGUGGCCCGGUUCAGCGAAAAGGCAGAGCCGGUGGUGCCCUGCUUCAAGCAUCUCGUCCAGGCCAAUGUCCGAAAUAAGAGGACCUUCAAGCAGGCCGUGCAGCUCAUGCAAGCUAAGGGCACCACUGACUACAAGUCGGGGUUCCACUUUGCAUUCCAACAGCUGCUGAAUGUGACAAAUGUGCCGAGGGCCAACUGCAACAAAGUGAUCAUGCUGUUCACAGAUGGAGGCGAGGACCGUGCCCAGGAUGUCUUCGAGCAGUACAACUGGCCCAACAAGACGGUACGGGUGUUUACCUUUUCUGUCGGGCAGCACAAUUAUGAUGUCACUCCCCUGCAGUGGAUAGCUUGUGCCAAUAAAGGGUAUUACUUUGAGAUCCGGUCCAUCUGCGCCAUUAGAACCAACACACAGGAAUACUUGGAUGUUCUGGGACGGCCUAUGGUGUUGGCAGGGAACCGAGCAAAGCAGGUCCAGUGGACCAAUGUAUACCAGGAUGCUUUGGGUUUGGGACUUGUAGUGACUGGAACAAUGCCCGUCUUCAACCUCACCAUUGAGGGAAACUCACAGAACCAGCUCAUUCUGGGGGUGAUGGGUGUGGAUGUCCACCUUGACGAGAUCAAGAAGCUAACCCCGCGCUACAAUCUGGGUGCGAAUGGAUACAUCUUCGCCAUUGACCCAAAUGGAUACGUCCUCCUGCAUCCUAACUUGCAUCCGAAGAUGGUGAACCUGCCCGAACCUGUGACCCUGGAUUUCCUGGAUGCUGAGCUUGAGGAUGCCAGCAAGCAAGAGAUCCGUCGGCAGAUGAUUGACGGGCGGCCUGGCCAGGCGACAAUCACAACUCUCGUCAAGUCGAUUGACGAGCGAUACAUCGAUGAAGUGAGACGGACUUACACCUGGAUGCCCAUUAAUGGCACUGACUACAGUCUGGGUCUAGUUUUGCCCCCAUACAAUGAAUACUAUCUCCGCGCAGACCUCAGUGAUGAGAUGCUCCAGCUGCAGUAUCUGGAGUCCAUGCUUCCAAGCUCCUUUGAGUCUGAGGGACACGUCUUCAUUGCUCCCAGGGAUUACUGCUCACAACUACGCAUUACUGAGAACAACACACUCUUCUUGGAGAACUUCAUUUCGCUUAUGGUGGAGAUCACAGCAGAGUCCAAGGACUGUAAUCAAGUUCUCAUUCACAACCUCAUCCUGGAAGCUGACAUAACCUGGCAGUUGGCAGCAAGAGUUUGGAAGAACAAAGAUCUGACCACAUAUGGCUUUCUGGCAUUCUUCGUGUCUACAGACGGCGGUGUCACUCGGAUAUUCCCCAACACGGCUGCUGAAUCAUGGGCUGAGGACCCAGAGCCCUACAAUGCCAACUACUACCACCGCACCAUGGACAACAAAGGAUUCAUCUUUCAUGUACCUCGGAGAAAGCUGACUGAUGACACAAACUUGGACAACGGCACUGCCAGUGUUCUGGUCAGCACUGCGGUGGAAGUAUCUGUAGGUGGCAAGACUAUUAAACCUGCAGUUGUCGGUGUGAAACUGGACCUGGAAGCCUGGGUGGACAAGUUCAAGAUUUUGGCCAGCAACCAGUCCGACAAUCGGCAGGGUUCACAUAAGUGUGGACCAUCCAGCAGCUGUGAGAUGGACUGUGAAGUCAACAGUGACGAUCUACUCUGUUACCUGAUAGAUGAUGGAGGAUUCCUAAUCAUGUCCAACCAGAAAGACCACUGGAAAAAGGUGGGGAACUUCUUUGGAGAUGUAGAUCCGUCCCUUAUGUAUGCUCUGUACACCAGCUCCAUCUAUGCUCGUAAGCAGUCCUUUGACUACCAGUCAGCAUGUGAACCGACAGCAAGCAGCCACACAGGGGCGGCUCGACGGGGAGUCUUCGUGCCGACCAUCACAGAUAUCCUCAGUGUUGCCUGGUGGACGUCAACUGCAACCUGGUCUCUGCUUCAGCACCUCUUCCAUGGGCUGGUGUACAAUAGCUGGUUCAACAGUGGUGACGUGGAGGCCGAGGGGAUAGACUUCCGGGAUAGCAGCUGUAUGACCAUUUAUAGCCAGUUCUAUUUCACCAACACCACAAGCUCUUACAACACCUUGCAGGACUGUGGCAACUGUUCCAGGUUGUUCCAUGCGAAGAGGAUAGAGAAGACCAACUUGCUCUUUGUGGUGGCGGACAUUCCCUGCAAGUUUUGCGAGAUGGAGAAGCUGGCUCGGGUUAAGACACAGUACCAAGAAGAGAACCCAUGUGAACUGCUGAGUCUGGCGCGCUAUCGGAAAGGCCCGGCCACCUGCUUCGACUACAACAUCCAGGAAAACACCUCAGAAUGUGGGAGGGGCCUCUCCAUUAGACCGACGCUAGGAGUCCUCCUGUAUUUCCAGUUACUUCUCCUGUACCUGUCAGCAUCUCUCUAGGCUUCACCUGAUUCCAUCUUGGUUCUAACCCCUCCUGGUAUAAACCCGUUUGUUCGCCCACCACAUCCUUUCUGACUCUCCCUCUGUGGUUCAACAUCUUCCAUUAUCACCCUUCCCCCAUCUGUGAGUCAUUACCGAAGGGUCUCGCUGGGUUUGCGUUGAUGCCUAGCAACAGCUUUCCCUCCUCCUCCUCCUCCUCCUCCUUCUCCUCCAGCCUCCCUGCCAUGAAUCACUACCUCCCUCCCCCGUGGAGGUUAAUUUAUGAGUGAUAUAGAUACAGAACAGCACACCUCUGAAUCUGCCACAAGUAGCCAUGAUAAUUUGCAAAGAAUGUCUUUAACAGUGAGAAUGCAAAUUAUGCAUAUACUUCUCUCUAAAAUGUGACCCUUCCUGUGGUCUGGACUUUACCUCCAGAAUUAAGGGGCAGAGAGUCGACAGAUCCUACUCUACCAUGGCACAAGAGUAAUAAUCAUGAAAUUCAGCAUCCCUGCGACAUGUGGUGACUAAGCGUGUCUGUGCGUGUCACUAAGUGCUCCAUCCGUGUGUUGUUUGUGCCCGCGUCACCUGACCUGUGACGCCCAGGUUUUCCAGCUUCUAGCUAUAUAGCACAAUGGUGUUGGCCAAACAAAUAAAUAUAGAUCAUGAGACCUCUGGCCACUAAUCUGCUUUUUAAACCAUUUUUCUAAAGGAAGGAAAUAAAAAUGGGCAACUUUAAUGUAAGGCUGCAUGCAUUUGCUUUAGCUUAUC